AUGUAUGUUUCAUCUCGCGACGGGGGUACCCGUGCGUUUCGUCAGCUCAAGGCCAGGGAGUUUCACGAGAUGCAAUGGAAUGAGAAUAUGAUUCAUAAGGGCAGACUGGUUGGUGAAAAGUCAAUUGACCUCGACGAAUUACCCAAAAGAAGAGCCACGGAAACGCAUCAGGCACAGACCGAGCGCCGUCAUCACCGUCGAUCACUGAGCUCCAAAAUCAUCAGCCCAGAGAAGAUGACUCAAAUUAUACAUAUGUUCCGCGUGACAGACAAGGGAAGCGGGAAAAAUGAGAAUCAAAAGCCUGCACUGGUCCAAGAUGAUCAUUCCAUCAUUCUGACCCACGACACAUUCAAACAGCAGUUCGAUGCUCAGGUCAGGGACUGCGAAAUACCCAACGCCAACUUUGCGAGGAAGUUUGGGUUGUUCACCAGCGACAGAUCGCUUCCACCUUUCAUAAGAGAACUGCCAGUCGCCGAAGAUAAAGCAAUGGAUAUGAUAACUGCCUCUCCAACAAAAGGAAUGGAAACACCGCUCCCAUUAGCUACAACUGAUGUUCCAGGCGGUGUUGCAGGAUAUGUUAAAUUUUGGCAAGCAGAUGAGGUGAGUAUCUCCAACAAGCUUUGCUGGGGACUUAUAGAUCAUUUCAACAGCAAAGUAGCAUAUCUACUGGGAUUCGAGAUUCUGGGCUCGAUGCAACAAGAAAGUUCGAAUAGAGGGCGCUACUCCGACCCUUCAGCAUCCGUAUUGACGCCUUUAAGAGGAGACUUCCUGGAUAUCUCACCAGGAUUCGAGUCGCGAGCGCGUUCGCUAUCUCCGCGCAAGCGUCUUGUCAAACAACCCCUUCGUAUUCGUAUGAAUUUGACUGAGAGCCAAGUUGACAAGAUUACGGACGCUUUCAGUCGUCAAGUCGAUAAGAGCCCAACGAAGGCUGCUAAGUUCAAGAAAAAGUCUACGAUGGCCACUCCAAGAACGAUUCCAAGGUCAACACCACGAAAGAACAAACCAAGACUUCUACAGUAUGAGGAUUCCUACGGCUGGACUACUAGAGAAGAUGGUCCCUCUGAUGUGAAUUCUCCAACCUUUUCGGAGCUUAUGCCCGGUCGCCAUUCGGACUCUUCCAAGGACUUGUUCUCUGCCAGUUUAGCGGAACGUCGACAUAUCAACCCGCCUUCUCCGUUGCAGCUUGGGAAUCCCCGUCGCAGUGGGGCAGUUCCUCGGCCAGCCGAGAUGGAAGAUAUUCCCGAUUCAGUCUCUCCUUUGGGGCAGGGAACCUUCGAGCGUGAGCUGAUCUUCGACGAUGAUGCCUCUUCGGUCUACUCCCCUCAACAAACUGCCCGCCCAUCACCUCUUCGCCUCAGCCACGCCAGGUCACAAUCAAAAUUCAAUGGUGCUGAGGAGGGUUCAUUUCAAGAGUGGAAAAGGAGCCACGAUUCCUCCAUGAUCAGGGAGUCGGUAAGCCAUCCAGAGGAUCUGGUCAACAGGCCGCGACGGUCGAAGAGCUCUGCCGAUGGACUGAGACAGGCCCGAGCCAUCGCAGUGCACUCUCCACCGAUCCCACAAGUCGUAACAGUGGGCUCCAAUAUCAGCAACUAUCGUCGGGCUGUUCAAGACACUCCCGUAUUCUCACCACUGCAGUUCUAUUUCAGAGGAACAGACUACCCAAGCUCCAAGAAGGGCGAAAAAAUAAUGAUUGGGGAUAACGGGUGGCUCGAACGCCCUGACGGCAGGCCUGAUCAAAGCGCAAAGACGCCCCAGAAGAAGACUGGAAUUUUGGACAACAUCAAGAAACUCGCAAAAGACAUGACGGAGCUUCAUUAUACCUCUCGUCGGGCGCCCACCGUCCGGUCUCGGCCGACAUCACAGGUCACCGUUUCACUAAAUGCCAGAGAGCAAAGCCUUCUCUACUGCGAACUGGAGUUCAACCUUAGCACUGCAUUGAAUGAAUAUAUUACGGUGCAGCUGGACAAGGGUCGGCUUGUGCCUGACAAGCUCAAGAAGGUAGCAGAUGCGUGGCAUAACAAGGGCCGACCUAAGGUUGUUGGUUUCCGCUACGACCUGGAGACGCAGCUUGAACUUAUCAACCUGCAUGCCGACGAUUUUCGUUUUUAUGGCCGCCGACAAGCCGAUCCUGUUGAGAUUGGCGGGCUCCUGCACACUAUGAAGGUCAAUGCUAGAGCAAUGUGUGUCCGGACACUUUGCCAGCCAGAUUCUGUGAUUGCGAAGCAGUUGGUCGACACCCAGUCAACCUUUAAAAUGCUUGAUGUCCCAGACUACCAGCAGCGCGCGCUGGCUGACAUAGCUCAGUUCUUCAAGGUGAUUGUGGAGCGAGAGCAAGAUGCUCGAGAACACACUGGAGGUAAUGGCAGGGACUCCAGCAACCGAGGCGAGCGACAGCGGGCAGCGGUUCAGGAAGGGAUAUGA